AUGCGAGCGGCGGCUUGCGUGAGUGCAUUGGCUGCAUCGCUCCUCCUCGUGCACCUGCUCGCAUCACGCCGCCGACGCCGACACCGAAGCACUGCUGAGAGCGGCCUUCUCUUCACGGGCACAGGUUGCAGCUCUGGGCUGCCGCUCAUCGGCUGUGCGAUUGGCGCUCCGCAGUCGCCAGAAAAGUCAUGCACCGCGUGCGGCCCCGCGCUCCGCAACGGCCGCGCCGAUAAGAACUGGCGCAACAACGUCGGAGCACUGCUGCGCUUCCGAGGCGCCGAUGGCCAGACAAAGCACGUGCAGAUCGACUGCGGCAAGACAUUCCGCGACACGUGCCUCCGCGUGUACAGCGAGCACGGCGUCACCUGGCUGGACGCGCUCCUACUGACACACGACCACGCGGACGCUGUCUUUGGGCUGGACGAGCUCCGCUCUCUGCAGCCGGUCGAGCCAGGCGCACCUCCUCAUCGCCUGCUUCUGCGGAGCCAAUCCCGGUCUCUGGACGGUGCUGCAGCUCCGCCGCCUGCUCCUGCGGUGCGGCGAUUCGUGGCGAGCAUCGAGUGGGUCUCGUUCGGAGAUGCGUUUGAGGUGGCGGAGCUGGACGUGGUCGGCCUGGCGGUGACGGCGCUGCCCGUGCUACACGGGGCGGACUACACCUGCUACGGCUUUGCAUUCGGGCCGCCGCAAGAGCGCGUGGUCUACCUGUCCGAUUACACCGCCCUGCUGCCGCAGACAGACGCGCUGCUCGCAUCGUGGAGCAGUGGCGGGGAGGCGAUCCACUUGCUCGUGCUCGACGCGCUGCGUGCCGAGGGCAGCCACCCCGUCCACGCCACUCUCUCCGAGUCGGUGGAGCUCGCGAGGAGGCUCCGCCCGCGGCGAACACUGCUCGUCGGCAUGGGACACGCGCUCGAGCACCACGCGACAAACCGGAGGCUCCGCCGGCUGUGGCGAGAAGAGCAGCUAGACGUGCAGCUUGCGUUUGACGGCAUGUUUGUGCCGUUGCCGGGCCUGGACGUGGGAUGAGAGAGUCUUGUUUCUGAAGAGAGAGAGGGUAGUAGUGUAACAUGGACAAAAUUGAGGGAUUGAUCAGAGGACAUGCGCACAUCGAGAGAGCCAGAGAGAGAGGGACCCUCUGUGGACGUGGAAGGACUGAUGCGGCACAACAGCCACCCACACAUUUGUGAUAUAUCGCCCGCUCGGCCUCAGGCCUCCCCGCCCGGGCCGCCUCCGCGGAGCUUGGCGGCGAGGCUACUCAAGUCCUCCUCCACUGUAUGCUCCAGCACCUCCGCCUCGUGCUCCAGCGCCGCCGCAGACCAGGCCGCGGACUGGGGGAGUGCCGCCGCCGACGCGGCCAGAUCCUGCGCCCACCCGCCGCUGAGGGCCUCUGCCUCGACGCCGCACAGCGCAGCCGCGCGCUCGGGGAAGCCGCGAGCCAUGCCCUCCUUGACAGCGUCAAAGACCGGGGAUUUGGAGAGGUAGAUGCCCCAGAAGGCCUUGCACAGGCCCGGCUCGCUCAGCGCCUUUUUGGACGCGUCGUCGGCCGCGCCGAAGGCGACCGACAUCGUGCCCGCCUCGCACGAGAGGAAGAUCUCGUCGCCGGGGUGCAGCCCGCCCUGCGCAAUCUUGUUGGAGGUGAGGGCGCCGCUGAGGUGGCGCAGCGUGGUGGCGGCGGUGGCUUGCGGCAGCCGCGGUGCGAGGUGCUUGUUGAUCGAUUCGGCCACCUCAUCGAUCGACGCGGGGUAGUGCAUGUGCAGCACCAUCAUCUUCGCGUCGCCAGAGGCGACGAUUUCGGAGAAGGGUGCCUCGGCCGGGUCGCACUCGUGGAAGUAGUCGCGGGAGAGGUAGCUAGCCGCCGUGUAGACCUUGACCAGGCCGUACUCGUAUCGGUCCCCGCCGCCCGAGAACCAGAGCUCCUCGUCCCCCACCGUGAGCGCCGAUGGGAAGGCGACGCCGUUGAGGAUGCGUGUGGAAGCGUCGUGCGGCAGGUUGGAGGCGGGCUCGCCCGACGGCAGGAGGAGGUAGUUGAGGCCGCGGCAGAGUUUGCACUCAGCGAGGGAGGAGGUCGAGCAGAGCGCCAGGCUGCCGCCGAUCGCCAGCGCCAUAACGGCGAAGCUGCAGAAGGCCGCCAGGCAGCAGCGCCCCCAGCAGCGCCGCCGAGGAGGCGGAGGCGGCGGCGUGGCGGCUGCUUCGAGGUCCACCUCCGAGGCGGGCCAGUCCUUCGACGGCGUAGCGGCGGGUGAAGACAUCACUUCGAGCGGUAGAGGUUCCUUGAA